AUAUGUAUGUAUCUCCACAUUCACUUCUUCUUCACAACUCAAACUUGAAGCCGCACUGACAAGUUCUUUGGAUCAUAUAUAACCAAUACUCCUUUUGAAGCUAGCUUCUAAUUCUCUAUCCCAUAGUAUACACCCUCAAAUGGCAACUUCCUCAGUCAUGCAGUUCAUUCUGGUGAGCCCAGUGACCGGUGUCGCGAAGGGGGCGGGUUUGAGUCCGACGAUUCCUCGCAGCUGCUAUUUGCCGCGGCAGGGGAGAAAUUCCGGCGUGCUUGUGCGUUGCAUGGCUAAGGAUGGUAAGAAAGAGGAAGUUGGAUCUCCCUCAGAGGCUAAGGUCAGAACCGAUUUCUUCAACCUCUUAGCAUUCAGCGGGCCGGGACCGGAGAGAAUCAACGGCAGGCUCGCCAUGGUCGGCUUCGUGGCGGCGAUCGCCGUGGAGCUAUCUAAGGGCGAGGAUGUGUUCGCCCAGAUAUCCAACGGUGGGAUCCCGUGGUUCCUACUGACCACCGGUGUGCUGUCCGUAGCGUCUCUGAUCCCUCUGUCCAGCGGAGUGAGCGUGGAGUCAAAGUCAAAACCUUUCUGGAGCUCCGAUGCUGAGAUGUGGAACGGGAGAUUUGCUAUGCUGGGUUUGGUUGCAUUAGCCCUCACCGAGUUCGUCAAGGGUGGGGCCCUUGUGUAGGUCUUGUUUGGAUGGAAAUUAAUUAUCAAGAUGGUGUCACACUUGUAGUUGGACCCAAAAAAAAAUUGUCCUAGUUGAAUUUUGUAAAGUUGUAUUGAUGAUAUACUAAUAUACGUUGUGGCUUUUUGAUGAACUAAAA